UUCAGUGUUGUAUUUUUAUGGGGAAAAGCCUUUCAGAGAGCUCUGUACAUCCCAUUGUACCACUGAUUCAACUUGACCUUGAAUGAGGAUAUGUAAUCAGAAGAAUACAAAUGCAGGCUAAGUCAGCUCUUCUAAACAUGUUUGAGCCCCUCCCCCUAGGUCUGGAUGGAGGAUACCUUAAAGUGAAAUGACAGACCAGGAGAAUAACAACAACAUCUCAAGUAACCCCUUUGCUGCUCUUUUUGGCUCCCUGGCUGAUGCCAAGCAGUUUGCAGCAAUCCAAAAAGAGCAGCUGAAGCAGCAAUCUGAUGAACUCCCAGCUAGCCCGGAUGAUUCGGAUAAUAGUGUGUCAGAGAGCCUGGAUGAAUUUGAUUACUCUGUGGCUGAGAUCAGCCGCUCAUUCCGGUCACAGCAAGAGAUAUGUGAGCAACUCAACAUCAAUCACAUGAUCCAAAGGAUCUUCCUCAUUACUCUGGAUAACAGUGAUCCUAGCUUGAAAAGUGGGAAUGGCAUCCCCAGCCGUUGUGUGUAUUUGGAAGAAAUGGCAGUAGAACUGGAAGAUCAAGACUGGCUUGAUAUGAGCAACGUUGAGCAGGCCAUCUUUGCUCGCUUAUUACUUCAAGAUCCAGGAAACCACUUGAUUAACAUGACUUCUUCUACAACAUUAAAUCUGUCUGCUGAUCGAGAUGCAGGAGAGAGGCACAUUUUUUGUUACCUUUAUUCCUGCUUCCAAAGAGCCAAGGAAGAGAUUACCAAAGUUCCAGAGAACCUGCUACCCUUUGCAGUACAGUGCAGGAACCUCACUGUGUCAAAUACCCGAACAGUUCUCCUCACCCCAGAGAUCUAUGUUGACCAAAACAUCCAUGAACAAUUGGUAGAUUUGAUGUUGGAAGCCAUCCAAGGAGCCCAUUUUGAAGAUGUAACUGAAUUUCUAGAAGAGGUCAUUGAAGCCUUGAUACUAGAUGAGGAAGUUCGAACAUUUCCUGAAGUCAUGAUUCCAGUGUUUGAUAUUUUAUUGGGCCGAAUAAAAGAUCUGGAGCUGUGCCAGAUCCUGUUGUAUGCAUAUCUAGAUAUUCUUCUCUAUUUCACUAGGCAAAAGGAUAUGGCAAAGGUUUUUGUAGAGUACAUUCAACCUAAGGACCCUAGCAAUGGGCAGAUGUACCAGAAGACCUUGCUGGGAGUCAUUCUGAAUAUCUCCUGCUUAUUAAAGACUCCGGGUGUGGUAGAAAAUCAUGGCUACUUCCUGAAUCCAUCUCGGUCCAGUCCUCAGGAGAUCAAAGUACAGGAGGCCAACAUCCAUCAGUUCAUGGCUCAGUUCCAUGAAAAGAUCUACCAGAUGCUGAAGAACUUACUCCAGCUCUCUCCAGAAACCAAACACUGUAUCUUAUCCUGGCUGGGAAACUGUUUGCAUGCAAAUGCAGGCCGCACCAAGAUUUGGGCCAAUCAGAUGCCAGAAAUCUUCUUCCAGAUGUAUGCCUCAGAUGCCUUCUUUCUGAAUCUGGGUGCUGCUCUCCUGAAGCUAUGCCAGCCAUUUUGCAAACCCAAGUCCUCUCGGCUUCUCACCUUUAAUCCUACUUACUGUGCCCUGAAGGAGUUGAAUGAUGAAGAACGAAAAAUUAAAAAUGUACACAUGAGAGGUUUGGACAAAGAAACCUGUUUGAUCCCAGCUGUGCAGGAGCCAAAGUUUCCCCAGAACUACAACCUUGUAACAGAGAACCUUGCACUGACAGAGUAUACCUUGUACUUGGGAUUUCACAGGUUGCAUGAUCAGAUGGUAAAAAUCAACCAAAAUCUGCAUCGGCUACAGGUUGCCUGGAGGGAUGCUCAGCAGAGUUCUAGCCCUGCUGCUGACAACCUCCGUGAACAGUUUGAACGACUGAUGACCAUCUAUCUUUCAACCAAGACUGCCAUGACUGAGCCACAGAUGCUACAAAACUGCCUAAAUUUGCAGGUGUCCAUGGCUGUUCUGCUGGUUCAACUGGCCAUAGGCAAUGAGGGCUCACAGCCAAUAGAGCUAACUUUUCCUUUGCCAGAUGGCUACAGCUCUUUGGCUUAUGUGCCAGAAUUUUUUGCAGAUAACCUCGGUGAUUUCCUCAUUUUUCUCCGCCGCUUUGCCGAUGACAUCUUGGAGACAUCAGCAGAUUCCUUGGAGCAUGUCCUUCACUUUAUCACCAUUUUCACUGGGAGCAUAGAAAGAAUGAAGAAUCCUCACUUAAGGGCUAAACUAGCUGAGGUGCUGGAAGCAGUGAUGCCCCACCUGGAUCAGACCCCAAAUCCCUUGGUAUCCAGUGUGUUCCACCGGAAGCGUGUGUUCUGCAAUUUUCCACAUGCACCCCAACUUGCAGAAGCUCUAAUCAAGGUUUUUGUGGACAUCGAGUUCACAGGAGACCCCCAUCAAUUUGAACAGAAGUUUAAUUACCGCCGUCCCAUGUAUCCCAUCCUAAGAUACAUGUGGGGAACAGAUACGUAUCGGGAGAGCAUUAAGGAUUUGGCUGACUAUGCCUCUAAGAAUUUAGAAGCUAUGAACCCUCCACUUUUCCUCCGCUUUCUUAACCUGCUAAUGAAUGAUGCCAUCUUCCUUUUGGAUGAAGCUAUACAGUAUUUGAGCAAGAUAAAGAUCCAGCAGAUUGAGAAGGACCGAGGUGAAUGGGAUAGUCUGACCCCAGAAGCCCGCCGAGAGAAAGAGGCUGGCCUGCAGAUGUUUGGGCAGUUGGCACGUUUUCAUAACAUAAUGUCCAAUGAAACAAUUGGUACACUUGCCUUCCUAACAUCAGAGAUCAAAUCACUUUUCGUGCAUCCUUUUCUGGCUGAGCGCAUCAUCUCUAUGCUGAACUACUUCCUGCAGCACCUGGUUGGGCCCAAGAUGGGUGCCUUAAAAGUCAAGGACUUCAGCGAAUUUGACUUCAAACCCCAGCAGCUUGUAUCAGAUAUCUGCACUAUCUACUUAAAUCUUGGGGAUGAGGAGAAUUUCUGUGCCACUGUGCCCAAGGAUGGACGUUCCUAUUCCCCAACUCUCUUUGCACAGACAGUUCGAGUCCUGAAGAAAAUAAAUAAGCCUGGGAAUAUGAUUGUGGCUUUUAGUAAUCUGGCAGAGAAAAUCAAGUCUCUUGCAGACCUCCAACAACAAGAAGAGGAGACCUAUGCAGAUGCCUGUGAUGAGUUCCUGGAUCCUAUCAUGAGCACACUGAUGUCUGACCCUGUGGUGCUGCCAUCUUCCAGAGUCACUGUGGAUAGGUCCACCAUUGCCAGACAUUUGCUCAGUGACCAAACAGAUCCUUUUAACCGCAGUCCCCUCACCAUGGAUCAGAUCCGGCCAAACACUGAACUAAAAGAAAAAAUCCAACGGUGGCUUGCAGAGAGGAAACAACAGCAAAAGGAGCAACUUGAAUAAAUACUGUGAACUAAGCAAACCAAAAACCAACCCCAGAGUGUAGAUAAACAAUUGGUUUCUUUUUUUUUUUUAGUUCUGUUCCUUUCCUUUUUUUUUUCUUUCCUCCUUUUCUUUUUUCUUUUUUUUUUUUUAUCUUCUUUAUUAAAUUUUAGAACUGCUUUUGCUCAAAUUAUGAUAAUUAAGAUUUCUGAGAAUUUGUCAGUGCUCCCCUGGCUUGCAGGAAAUUAUACUUCUUAUAAUCACCCAGUGAUUAUAAAUCACUAAUUUUCAGCCUUUUUUCUCUAUUCCUAUUUUUCCUACCUUAUUAGUUCAACUGCUAAAACUUCCCUCCACUUUACUAUUUUUCUCCCCAAGUACUGCCCAGACAUUUUUAGUGAGCAGUACUUUGUAAGUCUGCAGUGUCACGUAUUUCAAUGACAGUUGAUAUAACCAGAAAAUCCUGCAUUAUCCUGCAAAUUUACUAGUCCUCAUGAUCUGGACUUAAGCCCUUAUACUUGUUAUAGCUCUAUGAUGUUACAAAACAACAUUUCACAUAAAAGCAGAUACCUUGAUGUUCGUGUUGACUUUUGAAUAAGAUGAUAGAUUUUUUUUUAAAAGGAAUCUUAUGCAACUUCUGUUGAUAGCUCUUAAUUUUGUGUUAUCUUGUAACUCAAGAUAUUAUCACAAACACACACUCUCUCAUGGGGUUGUCACCACCAAAACUUCAGCCCUGCAGCCUUUUUAUGAGGAUUAAUGAUUGGGCAAACUUGCAUUUUAGACACUUAAGUCAAAAAAUUAUGGGGUGAAGGGAUUAAUAAACUAUUAGACCUUUUUUCUCUUAUAAAAAUCUAUUGUUGGGGCUGGGGAUGUGGCUCAAGCCGUAGCGCGCUCGCCUGGUAUGCGUGCGGCCUGGGUUCGAUCCUCAGCACCACAUACACACAAAGAUGUUGUGUCCGCCGAAAAUUAAACAAUAAAAAAAAAUUAUUUAAAAAAAAAAAAAAAAAAAAAAAAAAAUCUAUUGUUACAAAGACUAGACCUGAUUAGAAGUUAGGCAACAAAUAUUGUAAACAUGAAAAACAUCAUAUAAGACACUAAUAUCAACAGUAUAUCUCACACAUACAUACAUAUCAUGUACUUUUUUAUAUUGGUAUAAUAUAAAUUGAGUGCCACUUUCUGUUGUCUCUUCCAUAGUAAGAUAUAUGCAGUGUGUGGCCAUGUUUACUCAGAUACUCAUUCUAGACAGGUGAAAUUCUGAGACUAUAAAAUGUAUAUAUUUAAUGUUUGUUUGGGCUUGUGGCCUGGCCUCUAAGAGCUGCUUCUAACAUAGCCUUGGGUCAUCAAUUAAUAAAGUAGGAAUUUGAGCAAAACCUUGUCCACAAGCCAUUUAGUAUCCACUUAGCCCCAAGUAGUUAGUAAGUGGAAGUACCCCACUUUUACAAGUUGGGCCUGAGUUCCCUACUUAAUUGUGUAGCUUAACAUGCCGAGUGAGGGACAUUCCCCUAUGGAUUGUCUUUAUAUUAGUAUUCAUCUAAGCCCAGAGAUAUCAUAAGGGACAAGAAAAGUGAUACAAUUUAGAAAUAGGGAUCAUUGCUUUCUUUAGAGGACAUCGUUAACUACGGCCUCUUUCAAAUAUGAUAGUAGUUUUACAAUAUUCUAGCACAAGUUGCUAUAAGGAGUCCUUGAUGUGUUUUUGAUAAUCAGCUGGAAAACUCAAAUCAGAUUGGGCCUACCACCCAUGAUAGAAAAUAGACGUCUAUUGCUGCACUUAUAAAUGAAAAGGGAAUCUGGGACACCUGCAAAAUGCCAGAAUGUAAGAUUAAUUCAUUGUGUUCCCCAGGCCUUAAGGUGUGGGUUGAUAGGACUUAUAAAGUCAGUUUCAUUUCAUAUUUAUUUUCCUUAUUUUUUUUCUCUGAGAGUGACCUGUGUAUAAAAUAAACUUCUACGUAUAUGUACUUGCAUUAUCUUCCGAAUCCAAUCUAAUAGGAUGUUUUCAUUUUAAGAAGGAGGAAAAAACAGUUUUGUAGAAUAAAGAGGAAAAUGGGCACAAAACCUCAGAAGGCAGCUGUUUGCAGAAGCUUUCUAGCUAACAACCUCUAUGCUGCCUCCAGUAUCUGUUUUGUACUUUGCCUUCAGAUUGUACGCCUUUUCUGGCAAGCUUUUUUUUUUUUUUUUUUUUUUUGUAAUAUAUAAAACUCUUUUCCUGAGCCUCUUUAUGAAUAGCUGUGGCACCAUUAAUGCUGCUGAAUAUCUUUAAACUUAUCACAAAAGCAAGUGUGUAGCUUAAGGACACUAUUGGUAAGGAACCAAGUGUCCUCUGUGCCUUCUUUCUUUCUGUGAAGUAACUUAGGAUGUCAAAAAAAUUGAGACAUUAAAUAAGUUAUCAUCUUGGUACAAUAUGGUGCAUAUAUGCAUUUGGAUAUGUAAGGAGGUGCUUUGUCCGGAACUCAGCAGCAGUUCUAAAUCUUUAAGAGUAGAUAUGUGACAUACAUAGUUUUAUGUGUUGGCUUUGCUGGAGUAUGAUAGGAAAAUGAAGACUCUAAUCAGCUCUGGUAUUGCUCAUAACUUACCAAGAGGCUAAUACUUUGGAAAAUUAUUUAAAUAGGUUUUAUCAAGCAGUUUUUUUUUUUUUAGUAUAGUUUUUAAUAUGUGAAAGCUGAAGGAAAUUAGAGGUAUUUUAAUGGUGCAGGUGAAGGCACCUGUUGCUGUUUGGGAUCACACCCUACAAAAGCUUCAUGACUUUAUUUGAUGCUGGUUUCUAAGCAGCCACUGUUCGGGGUAUAAGUCUACUGGGUGCCUUUACAAGCCAGAGGCUGAUGCUGCACUGUUGUCAUGCAAGGAAAUAAUGUACAUGCUCUAACAGCAAAACAGGAAAGGAACCUAGAAACAAAAUGAAGAGCAAAACAUCAAAAUGGUUGACUAAAGUAAAACUUGAUCAACAUAACUAUUUUGAAACAUUCCAGGAAGGUUACUUCUUGUCCUACUUGCCUGGGGGUGAUUGUUCAAACUUGUAUUUAAUAAAUGAACACCUGACUUACAA